AUGGAGCAAGAACAGAAAGUGGCAGAAGAUGCCCGCAUAGCCGCUGAGCGAGAUGCUGCUGAACAAAAACAUGCUGCUCACUUGCUCCAGGAGAAGUAUGAAGCAGCAAUGGCAGCACUUUCACAAAUGGAGAAAAGAGCUGUAAUGGCAGAAACAAUGCUGGAAGCUACAAAGCAAUACCAGGCUGGGCAGGUUAAAGCCAACCAAUCUUUCACUUCAAGAAGCUUAAACUCUAACUUCAUACUACAAUACUUCAUUUACUUGGAAUCUUCUGUAGUUCACCUCGUGCGGGACCAUGUUCUUGGGAAGAUAAAUCAAGAACCAAACCAAGAUGCACCUAACAGGAGAAUUGGCCUGCUUUCUAGGGGACUUGGAUGGCUUGACAAAAGGCAAGCAGGGAAGGCAGAAUUCCACUGA